AUGCCGUCCGCCGUGUCGUCAGCAAGCAGCCUCGAGCAAGAGAAGCGCGACAGCCCUGAGCCGCCGCCCAUCGUUGAACAGACCUCAAAGGUGCUGCCUCCUGGUGGGCCUUCACCCCCUCCAAACGGCGGUCUCUCAGCCUGGCUUCACGUUGCCGGCAGUUUCAUGCUCUACUUCAAUAGCUGGGGCAUCCUCAAUGCUUUCGGUGUCUACCAGACAUACUACGAAUCAGGGUCCCUCUUCUCGAGAUCCUCCUCCGACAUCUCAUGGAUCGGCUCAAUUCAGGCCUUCAUGGUGUUGCUCGCCGGUAUCCUCGUCGGCCCAUUCUACGACCGGGGCUACCUUCGCCCAUUGCUCCUCGUCGGCACUUUUGGUCUUGUCUUCGGACACAUGAUGCUUAGCAUCUGCAACGCCUACUGGCAAGUGCUGCUUGCACAGGGCUUUUGCAUUGGAAUUGGGGCCGGAUGCCUCUUUGUACCCUGCGUCUCCAUUCUUCCCACCUAUUUCAGCACGAAACUUGGCUUGGCUGUUGGCCUGGCGGCUUCUGGCUCGUCCCUGGGCGGCAUCAUCUACCCAAUUAUCCUCCAUCGGCUUAUUGACCGGGUAGGAUUCGGCUGGUCCGUCCGCGUUAUCGGCUUCCUCGCACUUGGCACACUCCUCUUCCCACUCGCCGCAAUGAGACUCCGCGUUAAACCACCAAAGGCUAGAUCGUUCAUUGACUGGACCGCCUUCACGGAUGCGCCCUACAUGUUCUUUGUAAUCGCCUCAUUUAUUGCCUUUAUGGGGCUGUUUACCCAACUAUUCUUCCUCUCGUUCUUCACCGAGAAUCGUCACAUCGCCAGCACCGAAAUCGCCUUCUACAUUGUGCCUAUUUUCAACGCCGCAUCCUGUCUCGGUCGAAGUGUCCCCAAUGCCAUCGCGGACAAAACGGGACCAUUCAACCUCAUAUCUCCCGGCGCCAUCAUUUCUGGAGUCCUUAUCCUCUGCACCAUCGCGGUAACUAAUAAGGGAGGCCUCAUCGUCAUUGCAUUACUCUCUGGUUUCAUCAGCGGCAUUCUCAUUGGGAUGCCGCCUCUCUGCUUCGUCAUCCUGACGAAAGACAAGACCAAGAUCGGAACCAGAGUUGGUAUGGCCUAUGCCAUCAUCGGCUUUGGUGUGUUAGCCGGUGGACCUGGCGGUGGCCGUAUCUUGGGCACACAAAAUCCACUAGGUUGGACUGGCUUGUGGAUCUUCGGUGGUGUCUCGCUUUGUGUCGCUGGUUUUAUGUAUGCUGGGUUGAGAGUGGCCCACAGAGACUGUCAGAAGAAGGUUUUAAUUUUUGCUUUUGAGAAUCUAAUCAGCGGCAUAUCAAUGAAGUAA